AUGGAUGCUGUUCAAGCGCAACCAUCCUAUUCCAACCUUGGCAUUGCAAGAUUGCCUCAAAGUGCAGCCAUUGGUCGUUGGGAUAUAGUCCAUACCAUAUGUCGAGAAAACUGGCUUUUAAAUGUCCCGAUCACCAAGAUGGGGGGCACGGUACUCCACCUAGCAGCGUACCAUAAACAAGAAAUGAUUUUUGAACAACUUCUACAACAAUUACGCCCGCCGGGAAGUCUUCUGGCUAAAGUUUCUUUAAAAAGGAAAAACAAUGUAGGAAAUACUCCUCUUCACUAUGCAGCAGAAGUGGGGAGCAAGAAGAUAUGUCGUAGCAUCAUUGAAUUUGAUAGAGCAGAAUCAGCAACGUUGCUAAGUUUUCAUAACGAUGAAGGCGAGACCCCUCUCUUCUUAGCAGCACUUCACGAAUUGGCCUUAAUAAUACUUCACCUGCAUAAAGACCUUGCAAACCUUGGUAAUAAGAAAGGCAUAACCCCUCUCCAUCUCCUUGCAAGUAAGCCUUCUGCAUUCAAAAGUGGCAGCAAUCUUCGAUCGUUUGAAAAUAUCAUCUAUCACUAUAAAGAAAGGAAAAAGGAUGAUAUUGAUCAACCUGCAACGGCAAUACUAAUUGCAGCGAAGAAUGGAAUUACUGAAAUGGUGGAGAAAAUCCUUGAACGUUAUCCUGUAGCUAUGUAUGAGGAGGAUAGAGACCGGAAGAACGUAGUGCUAUUGACAGUGAAGCAUAACCAACCUCGUGUAUAUGAACUCCUACUCCUACUCCUACUCCUACUCAGGAAGAAAAAUACAUUAAAAUACAGUAUAUUUAAUGAAGUGGAUUGCGACGGGAAUAGUGCAUUGCAUCUUGCAGCAGAAGCAGAUUUUAAUUGGCCAGUUCUAGGAGCUGCAUCACAAAUGCAAUGGGGAAUCAAGUGGUAUGAGGUAUGCAUAACAGCUAGGCUAGAGAGGACUUUUGCUUGA